UGUGUUGAUAAUAAUUAGCGAUUAAAACACAUUGAAUACGAUAUUGAACUCAAUUUACACAACAAAAGCAUUCAAUACUAAUAACGAGUGAAACAAUAACCGCAAUAAACACUGCAUUCAUGUGUGCUAUCAAUGACUGGCAUUGAAAUGAAAUGUGUUUCACAUAACUAUUGAAAACACAGUUUUUUGUAACAAAAAACAACUAAAACUUUAAAACUUUUGUUCAAUUGUUUUGAUUGAUAUUUAUUGGCAAUCGUUUGAAGGGUAUAUCCAUUGAAAUAAUGAUACGAAGACAACAACGGAUCCGAAGGGAGUAUUUGUAUCGAAAGGCAUUAGAAGAGCAGAAACGAGUGGUGACUGAGAGGAAGCAACAGAUCAAGAGAUCACUCGAUGAGAAUAAGGAGAUCCCGACGGACCUGAAGAAAGGCGCCCUUCAGUUGCAGUCAGUGCUCGAGUGGGACGACGAGGCGUCGGAACUGGUGACCAGUCAUGAGGACGACGAGUACCGGUGGGCGGGCGUCGAGGACCCGAAGAUAGUGGUGACCACUUCGCGCGACCCCUCCUCUCGGCUCAAAAUGUUUGCUAAGGAGCUGAAGCUACUGUUCCCGAACUGUCAGCGCCUGAAUCGCGGCAAUUAUGAACUGAAGCAACUGAUCAACUCUUGUCGCGCCAACGAUGUGACGGAUUUCAUUACAGUCCACGAGACCCGUGGAGAGCCCGACGGUCUCGUGAUCUGUCACCUGCCGUACGGACCGACCGCUUACUUCCAGUUGACGAAUACAGUGAUGAGACACGACAUCCCCAACAUGGGAACCAUGUCCGAGGCCUACCCGCACCUCAUCUUUCAUAACCUGAAGUCCCGAUUAGGCCGACGAGUGAUGAAUAUAUUGAAGUAUUUGUUUCCAGUGCCCAAAGAGGACUCCAAACGUGUGAUGACUUUUGCCAACGAAGACGACUUCAUCUCAUUUAGACAUCACGUCUAUAAGAAAGUGGACGGAAAGGUAGAGUUGUCUGAAGUCGGGCCCCGAUUUGAGAUGAAAUUGUAUGAAAUAAAAUUGGGAACCAUUGACAUCGCAAACGCAGCCGAUUCUGAAUGGAUUCUUAAGCCUUAUAUGAAUACAAAUAAAAAGAGAAAGUUCUUAAGCGAUGAUAAUCUCUGACACUAUGUCUACACAAAUAGAUAUUCUAUAUGUUAAAAGUGGUAAUACUUUUGUAUUUUGAAGAUUAUUAUUAUUAUGAAAACACAU